CUUUACAUUCAGUCAGUGAGUUUACACCGUCACAGACAGGACUCCAGAGAGUGGCAAAAGGCGGUUGUUUUAUAUAUAACUGGUUUUGUGAUUGUAGACUUUUGUGGAAUCCCACCCAUUGUCAGCUGUCAAGAGGGGUUACAGACAUCUUGUUCACGUAUUUUAUAUCUGUGAGCUUCAAAGAGUCCGAGCGUUAAGGUUACAAUAGAGAAUCGCACAGUCAGCGGCUUUGCGUGGAUUAUGGUACUUUUGUGAUUUAAAGAGUACUGCCCGGAGGUGGUUACAUCAUAGCUGCCAUCACACAUCAAUCAUGAAGACAUCUCAAAGCCGAUUACAGAAUGCUACUAGAAUAUACAUUGCAUUGAAUCGACGUGAAAGUUGGGUAAAUGAUGCAUGCUUUAGCGUCGACGAAUGUAUGGACUUUGACGUGGACUGUACACUCAGAGAACACAAUGGCGAGACCGUCUUAUUCGCCGCAUGCCGCACGGGAAACAUAACCAUGAUGAACCACUUGUUCGCACGCGAUGCGAAUGUCAAUAUCAUUAAUUCUAACGGAGACCGUUGCAUGGACAUUGCGAUUCGAAAAGGUUGCAUGGGUAUUGUUAGGAAGAUAGCCGAGCACUGCCUGGUCAAGGGCAUCCCAUACAAGGGAUUGGAUCACUCCACCACAACCGCUGAACUCAGUCAGCAACACGCCAUUCGCAAGUAUCUACAGAGUGUAGACUUUUGUGAGUACUUAAACACAAUGGCAGAGCCGACAUCGUCUUGUAAAACCUCAGAACUCGAAUAUAUUUGUGACCUUAUAGGCCUAAAGUUAUCGCGGCAGAGUGAGGUCCACAAAUUAUCACUCGCUAGUCCUUCAGCAACCACUCUCUUGGCUGAAAUGGGCAGUAGUAUAUAUUCAAACAAGGAUAGUGUGGCCGGUUGGGUGCUCCUUCAGCAAUCGUAACAUCAUAAAUAGGCUAAUCGGGCAAAUAAUUAGUACAUAGUUGCAUAGCCUCCUAUAUUAAAGAUCCUAGUCAUUUUAAGGAGACUAUGGUAUAUAAAAUGAGGUAUUGUUUAUAUGAUGUAUUAUCUGGCACUCACGUCGG